AUGAAUGUAUCUAUAUUUACGAAAUCUUUGUCAGAAGCUGCUGCAGAUUUUGUAAGCAAACUGUAUAGUUUGCCCGAUUUAUCUCGUACUAAUGUUCAAGAACUGUUAAAUGCAUUUACUAUUUUUUUGCAGACUGAACCGUUUAAUAUGUUACUAAAUGACAUGAUUCAAAAAUGUGUAUUCUUGGGUGACUCAUCACAAUCGAUUCAAGUCUAUAAAGGAAUGUUCAUUCCAUUGCGCAAUGUCUUAAAAGAAAUUUUUGAACUACCAUUUAUUUUUAAUGAUUCUAGAGAAUAUUUGCAAAAUCUAGAAGAAAAUGAUGUUCUUAUUAAAAAUGUCGUCCAAAGCGAAAGUUGGAAAAAAAAGAAAGCUACACUUGGUGAAAAAUUAGUUUUUCCGAUUUUUAUGUACCAAGACGAUUAUGAAACAAAUAAUCCUCUAGGUAGUCAUAAAGAAGGACUUUACUACGGAGAUGAAAGCCGCAAUAAGCCACGAACUUUAAAGCCUAAUCAAAUUAAAACCCGCUUUAUAAAAAUGUCCGCCAGUGAAUCACGAUGUUUUCUUGAAAAUAUUGGUGUAUUGAUUGGUGAUUGGGUACCUAGAAAAAAUCUUCAUUGGCGAUUAGUUAUCUUAAUAAAAGAAAUUUUUGACAUUGUUUCUGCUACUGUAAUUCAUAAAGGUAUUUCUUAUUAUUUAACUAACUUAAUCGGAGAAUACCUACAUUUGUUAUCUAUUUUAUUUCCCGGAUCACUGAAACCUAAGCAUCAUUACAUGCUUCAUUAUGCCACAAUAAUGGAACGCAAAGGUCCAUUGUGGAAUAUGAAUUGCAUGAGGCCAGAAAGUAAAAACCGAGAUUCUAAAAUAACAUCUCGCAUAACUCUUAAUCGUACCAAUAUUUCAAAAACGCUUGCUAUUAAAUCGCAGUUAAUUUUAAACCAUCGAUUGAGGAAUAGAUUGGUUAGUAAUAAACUGUAUGAGAGUAAUAAAUCCACAUUAAAGUCAGUACCCGAAUUACAAGAAUAUUGUUCAUAUGCCAAGUUAUUAUCUUUCUCACACGGUGAGAAAUUUCUGUAG